UGCUGCUCCAUGUGCGCGUGUGUUCAUGGAAGCACGAGAGGAAGGCACCCCGGAACAUAUUAAAAAGCUAAAUAAAUAUUUAAAAUAGAGUAAGAAGCCUUAAGAAUGAGCUCAUGGAGUAUAUUUAAUUAUUAGAGUAAAACGUGAAAUGCUGAAAUUCUGCCAGCUCGUCAGCUUUUUAGGCAGUCAGCGUUUGAAGUCAGCUGUUAAACCCAAAGGUUGGUGCAGGAUUGAAAGGUUUUGUGGACUUUGUGUACAGGCCAGAAAGAUGUCUGAGGAAGAGAAUCAGAAUCACAGCAACAUGACCAAGCUGAAACGAGCUGGAGAAGGCACUGAGGUGGGAGAGAGAGAGGCUAAAAAGCUGAAAACUGACGAGGAGGACAAGACUGAUGAGGAGAAAAGGUUCCCGAAAAGAAAAGUUGUCCUCCUUAUGGCAUAUUCUGGAAAAGGAUACUAUGGAAUGCAGAGGAAUCCUGGAAAUUCCCAGUUUAAAACCAUUGAAGAUGAACUGGUCACCGCGCUCAUCAAAGCUGGGUGUAUUCCUGAAAAUCAUGGAGACGAUAUGAAGAAAAUGUCUUUUCAGAGAUGUGCCAGGACCGACAAAGGUGUUUCUGCAGCUGGCCAGGUUGUGUCUCUAAAGCUGUGGCUAAUUGAGAACAUUCUAGAAAAGAUCAACACCCACCUUCCACCACAGAUUAGAGUUUUAGGUUUCAAAAGAGUCACAGGCGGCUUUAACUCCAAAAACAAUUGCGAUGCCAGGACCUACUCCUACAUGCUUCCCACUAUUGCAUUCUCUCAAAAGGACACUGACCAGAAUGACACGUCCUUCCGCUUAGACACAGAGACACUCCAAAUGGUUAACAAGCUCUUUGCUCUUUACAAAGGCACCCAUAAUUUUCACAACUUUACAUCACAGAAGGGCCCUCGGGACCCGAGCGCUAAACGCUAUAUCACGCAUAUGUCAUGUGGAGAACCGUUCGUCAGACAGGGAGCGGAGUUUGCCGUGAUCACCGUACGAGGCCAGAGCUUCAUGAUGCACCAGAUCCGGAAAAUGAUCGGAUUAGUGAUCGCUGUAGUGAAGGGAUACGCUAAAGAGGAGAUCAUUGAAAGGAGCUGGGGUGAAGAGAAGGUCGAUGUGCCCAAGGCUCCUGGGCUCGGCCUGGUGCUGGAGCGUGUGCACUUUGACAGGUACAACAAGCGUUUCGGAGGAGAUGGGCUUCAUGAGACCCUGGAGUGGAAUCAAGAAGAGGAUGCAAUAGCUGCUUUUAAGGAAGCUCAUAUUUACCCAAGUAUAGUGGAGACGGAGAGUCAGGAGAAGUCCAUGAUCAACUGGAUGAGUACGUUGCCCAUUCAUGACUUCACCGCAACGGCAACCGGCAAGCAAGAACGCAAGGAUGAAGAUGAAGAUGGAAACGCGUCAGAUUGAGACAUGCUAGUUUCUUUUUUUUCCCUUCUUGUUACUUUUUUAAAAAUCUGUUUUGUUUUUCCAGUAUUACACUUCUGAAAUAAACCUUUUAUUUUAUUUGUGUGUUUUUUUUUGUAUAUUUUAUGCUGAUGAAAUGUAUAUAUUAAAUAUUAAAUUAAAAG